AGAGGGAAAAAAAACAGCACACAAAAAGUGCCAGAAGCCCAUGGUGUUGAACCUAUGUGAGUCUUCUUCAAUGAAUUAUCUUCUCCAGUUCAUACCACAGACAGAUUAUUCACUGAUUUGCUGAACUGUAGUGCACAGGGACUGCUGAAAACGGAGUCAUCAUAUCAAAUAUCUAGGAAUAAACCAAAGUUCUGCAGGUUUUGUUUUGAUAAUCAUGGCUAGUAAGACUUCAAAGUCACCUGUAGGCCACAGACAUCUCCAGGAAAGCUUUGAAGACAAGCAUGAGAGGAGGUUGGAAUUUCAUGAAAUCCUGCGGAGUCGCUACAACAUCACGUCAUGCCGCCAGAACAGUUUCAUCCGGGAGCGGGAACAGGAGAGUUUGGGGCCAUUCCUACGUCAGCAAGAGUUUUUCAGGAGGAGACAGCUGAAUGCUGAAUGUGACACGGACAUGAAAUCUCCUCAAAGAUCCCCAAAAUACAAUAAAUAUUCCCCUCUGAGAAAAAACUUUGGUAGGAGAGAGCAGAUCAAAGACCAAGGAUCAGCAUCUACCUUUCAGUCUCCUUGGCAUCACUGGCACUCCAAGACUCAUCCACAGAAUGCAAACAAUAUUCAGCUAGAUGUUUUGCAGAAUAGUUACUCCUGGGGGCCUUUGUGCAACAGAAUAUGCAAACAGAAAGUAUCCACAAGGGAAAGAGGUGAUCAGACAGAAGGGGACACUUCAAAAUAUUGCAUUAAAAAGGAAACAAGUCAGCAAACUGAUUGUUCUGCAACAGUUUUGAAUGGGGAAUUGAUGGAGCUUUCAGAAUACCUUACGGAAGCUCUACAGAGGGAGCGGAAACUAAAAAAGAAACUAGCUGUCUUGCAAGAGCUUUUAAAUUUACUCGUACAAGCAUCGGAGAAGUCAUGGAAGGUUCAACUGAAUGAUGACAAACUCAAAUGUAAAAUUUCCAACCUAGAAAAUCAGCUGUUUUUGUAUUCUAAGAACAUCCCAAGGACACAUGUAAAAAAAAUAUUGCUCGAGAUGGAGGACCAGAAAUGCACAUAUGAAGAGAAGGCCAAGGAAUCACUUCAGAAGUUAGCUGAAGAAAAAAUGGAAGCUGAUAAAGACCUCCAGAACACCAAGAUGUCUCUAAUGAUGUCAUGGGAUGAAUGUGAUUUAUGGAAGGAGGAAUAUAAAAGAAUGAAGGAAGAUUGGAGUAAACUGACCAGCAAGAACUGUGAGCUGAGGAAUGAGUUGCAAGUUGUUCAGAGCAAGCUUAAGUGGCUGGAAGUACAAGACUCUCAAGUUCAGACACUUCAAAACCACCUGCAAAGUGCAGAGAGAGAGGGGAUUGAUCUGCAAGCUUAUAAUGACCAACUGCAGGAAGACAAUGAACUGCUCAAGAUGCAGCUUGACUCCAUGGAAGGUGAAUUACGAAACAUGGAGAUGCAGAAACUUCUGUUGCAACAAAAGAUAUGUGAUCAACAAAGUGAGAUUGUAUCCAUCAGUCAGAGAAGUUGCCCAAACUGCAUCCACGACAUGAAGAUCCGGCCAGUGGAUCAAACAUCCAAUGAACAGAGUGACCAAUUAUGUUUGGUUACAAAAAAGCUAGAAGCAAAAGAAAAAGAGUGUGACAUAAUGAAAACUGAGAUGGAAUCACUCACCAUGGAAUACAGGGCAUGUAAAGACACACUGCAGCAGUGCAGAGAGAACUUAAAGGGAAUUCCUGUGCAGCAAUCCAAGGGUCACAUCUCUUGCUGGGUGCCAGUCUUAAUUCUUUUUUUUGCAGGUCUUACAAUGUUUAUUAUAUCUGCUCAUAUAGAAUGUGUUACACGCUGAAACCAUGAACGACUUUAAAUUUUCAUACUGACUGAGUUUGAUGUUAUUUUUGUUUGCCAUUUAAAUAGACUUUUAAAUAAAACAGUUUCAUCACCA